AUGCUUUCAAAACCACCGAGUAUUUUGGAAAAUGGACAAGGAUUGUUUGGUACUCAUGUCACUUUAGAAGAUAUCAACUCAUCCAUAAGAGAUCACAUGAACACGGAAAGUCAACUUACUUCAGAUAGUCAAAUGGAUGUUAUUGGAGAUGGAAACGGUUUCUCCUCUCGUGUCAUUCUGAUCACAUGCAAUUGGUCCAUCCCAUCUGAAUCACUCCCGAAGAAAAUUGUUCUCAAGAUUGUGUCUUUUGUCCAUAUCAGAGAAUUGGUAGAGAAAGCGAUAAACGAGGGAUAUUUCAAACUAUCGAAGGAGGACGAGACGAAAAUGUCAGAAGAGUUUGAAAAAUCAAUUCAACUAAUGCACAAUCAGGAAAUCAGAUUUUAUGAAACACUCAAGUCUGCAAACACGGAUUCUCAACUGUUUCUAACUCCGAAAGUAUACUUUUAUCAGAAGUUUGAUGAUUAUAAUUCAACCAAAGGAUUUAUUGGAAUGGAAUAUAUCGAACGAUCAGACAUUAGACACACCUAUGAAGUCUGUACACCAGAAGAAAUUCAGCCUGUUCUACGGGCAAUUGCUUCAAUUCAAGCAUUGUCUUUCUCGAUUCCUGAAGAAGAUUUCAAAAGAAUUGAAGAUGGAUCAGUUUAUAUUCAAACAAUGCAUGGGAUGAUGGCUGAGGAAGGAAUGAAAGGAAUCUUUGAACACACUAAAAGAACUGAUCCGGAGAGAUUUGCAGAGAGAAUAACUAGAAUUCAGAAUCAUGGAUCUAACCUCUUGAACUUGGAAAAGGCAUUCGAUUUGAACAGAUUUCUUGGAAUCCCUCGAAAUGUGUUAGUUCAUGGGGACCUCUGGUCUGCUAACAUUUUGUGGAGCUCAGGGGAAAACAACGUUUUUUCGGCUUGCAAAAUUUUAGAUUAUCAGAUGACGCAUACAGGGAACCCAGCUGAAGAUUUGGUUCGGUUACUGUCUUCCACAUUGUCAGGUUCUAUUCGACAAUCUCAGUGGGAGAAUAUUUUGGAACAGUUCUAUGGAUACUUUGUAGAAGCUCUCGGGGAAAGUCAGAAAGAGAUUUCGUAUACUUUGGAACAACUAAAACAAUCGUAUCGUUUGUUCUUCCCCAUAGGAGGAUUGGCUCUUCUUCCUUUAUUCGGACCAGCUAUCGACAUGAAAAUGAAGAGUAUGGAGAAAGAGAAGGCUGCAGAACACCGUCAAGUGGUUGUAGAGAAACUCGAAUGUUUAUUAGAUGAUGUUGAAAAGUUCUAUCUGGAAUCUAUUUAA